CUCUACUGCCCCAGUGCAAACUUCCGUCGGCGACAUCUGGUCAGAGUGGUGCUGGUGGCUCCAAGGCAUAGUUUCUGAGUCUAAGAUAUACUUGUAUUUCCUAGAGCAAUGACGACCCGUACCUGGAUCGACAUUAUAAAAUGUCCGCUCUUCGGGCCUCGGUGUUUCCUGUUCUCCCUUCUCUGAAUAUUCCUCUUCCUUAACGUUAACUGGAUCUUCAUGAGUGGCGAGCAUCAACAUUGGGUCUAUAUCUGGAUACCCAUCCUUGGGGGCUUUACGUGGUUCUGUCUGUGGCUCCUGCGCAUGCUUUGCCUCGUGUUCCUCGUUUCUCAUGGUAUUCGUCAGCUACCUUGCUGUCCAUGUUGGUAACAUGGCUGGCCACUGGGCGGCCACAUUAUGUGUCUAUGGACGGUUCUAUAGCAUACAUAUCUGAUAUAGGCGCCGAUAUUCUUAAGCCGCUCUUUGUAGCUGGUUGUGCAAUAACAGCUGUUUGUUUCUUCCUAUCCUUAUGUGUCGAGCGCGGCUUAAGACAUGUUGGCCGCCUAAUGCCUCAUAUGCAUACUAGGGAACGCGUGUUUGGAUCCUUGUCGAUAUUUGGUUCCCUCAUUGGGGGCUGUGGACUCAUUCUUCUAUCUAUCUUCGACACAAAGCGCCACACGUCCCUUCACCGAGUGUUUUUGCUCGUCUUCAUACUUGGUGUAGCUAUUAGUGCUAUUUUUACUGUCAUUGAGUUCCGAUGGCUUAACAGAGACUUCCCAGAUGUCAGGACACUGAAAAUAGCAUAUCUCGCCAAAGCUAUCAUAGCUGCCAUCCUUAUUCUCUUAGCCUUUGCAUUCGGGGUCGCAUUGUACCAGAGUUCUAAUGUCGGAGCCGUCCUUGAAUGGACCAUCUCUUUCGGUUUUACUCUUUAUAUUUUAACGUUCUUCUUUGAUUUGCGGCACUCAAAAGAAGUCCAGCAUGGAGAACUGAGUGCCGAGAAAUUUACGACGCGCACAAUGCCACAUAAUGAUAGAUUAACUGCAAGUGCGAUGCAAGCAGACAGCGCAUAAUAUUCCAGUCAUCGUAACCUCAUUUAUCACACACUUGUAUACUGUUGACCUACGUCAAACCCUGCUAUAGCUUAGAUAUAC